AUGAGUUAUGCGUACACUGACAUGAAGAUUUAUCUGUUUAUUUUCCAGACUGGCCUGCAUGGUUCUAAAACGUCACUACCCCGAAAGAGCUUCCAAGGAGCGUCAUACCCGAAUAUAUGGGAGGUACUGGAUUGGGUCCAAAUACUUCGUCUCAGUAAGGCUUUACCGAAUUGGGGACUUGGCGAAGCGACACGCGGAGUUCAGGAUAUGCUGUCAUCCAAGGAAAUGCAAAUAUGGGCAACAUUGGCAAUGCAAAUGUUCUUAGACAUCAAGGAGUUAAUGGAGGAUAAAGGAGUGCUUGCAAAGCCACUGAGGGAAUACCAGACCACUGUUAUCAAGGUGGCUCUGAAUUUCCAAAAGACCGGCGCCAACCAGCGACUCUACACAAACCAAAGACCUGAGAUCGAUCGGCUCUACGCAGACUUGAUGGAUACGGUGGAUGAGGUUGGAUAA